AUGGUUCUCAUUAAUGGCGUCAAGUAUGCCUGUGAGAGGUGCAUCAGAGGCCACAGGGUAACUACUUGUACACAUACAGACCAGCCUCUAAUGAUGAUCAAACCCAAGGGUAGGCCUUCCACCCAGUGUGACUUCUGCAAACAGCAAAGGAAGAUCAGAAACUCCCAUGUGAAAUGUAAAUGCACAAAGAAGAUUGGUUCUAAAGUCAUCCACGAUAAAGACUGUCCUUGUCAUCUCGAUGGUCAGUGUACCUGUUGUAACAAGGGCAAGAAAAGCAAAAAGAAGGAUGAAAAGGACAAGGAAAAGGAAAAGGAAUUAGGAGCCACGACAAAGGCCAAACGAAAGUCAAGUAAAAAAUCUAUUGUUGAAAGUCCUAACAUUGAUGUCGAAGAUAAACCUCUAACCACAACCAUCCAAACCAAUACACCUACUGCAAGGGAAACAAAGUCGAGUCCCAUCAAAAUCGAGGAAUCAGAAAUGCUGCUUAACGUUGAUACUAGUCUGCCCAAUUUUUCAUCUCAAAAUAAUAAUAUUACAAAUAUUUAUUCAAUGUCAAAUGAUGAUGCAAGUAAUGGAAUCAUCUCUCCGACUAGCACCGAUUUGAAAUUCGAUAAUGAAUAUAUUGACCCAGAUACAAGAAAUUCUUUGAUGCAACAAUGGGAUAUGUCGUCGCCUCCAAUGGGGAAUUCUGAAUCGUUAUAUUCCUUAUUAUCUGAUAACUCUUAUAUGAACAAUAGUAACAAUAACCCGACUCCAAAUAAUGUUAAUGCUAAUUCUAAUACCAAUAAUAAUACAAAUAAUAACGUCAAUACCAUCAAUAAUAGAUUUUCAAGACAGAUUGGUUUGGACCCCCUACAAAAUUUUAGAUCAUCAAAGUCAACUCCUAAUAAUCAGAAUUCAGAUUAUCAAUCGCCAACUUCGCCAACAUUGCAGAGGGGGUUGGGUGAAAUAUCAAUCCCUGUUGAUGAAUAUAUGGGGCCCCUCAAUAAAAUGAAUGUUCAUUUCCGUAAUUUCCUCAACACCUUGACAGAUCAACCCCAAUUGGAUAACAUUAUUAGCCCCAAUAGUAUCAGUCCGGGUCAAAUUUCCAAUGGUGAGCCUAACGUUGUGCAAUUAAAUACUAACCAAAGCACAGAUUCUUCCAAUGGGGGGAAUAAUAGAACAAACUCCUUUUAUGAUUUCACACCGGCAACUCCUGGUAACGGAUUAUUGGAUAUAUUUGAAAAUAACGUUCCUACUUCAAAAGUAUACCAAAAUCAGAAUAACCAACCUUCAAAAGUUAAUGAACCUGAUUCUCUUUUCCCAUUGUUCCCAUUGAUUGGACCCUUGAAUACAGAUAAUGAUUUAUCACAAUCAAAUGUCCAAAAUUUGAACUCUAAACAAUCAAACUCUUUGAAUACAUCUACUUACUCAGUUAUAAAUGGCGGUAAUAUGACCCAACAAGCUAACCCAAACCAAACUAAUAAAGUUAACCAAAUACCAACUAAGAUGUUAAGAAAUACAACUGGUUCUUCUUUGACUUCGAGUACCUCUUACCAAUCCUUGCAUUCCAAUUAUUCCACUAAUUCAUUAACGAAUCAUCAUAAUCAUCACCAUAAUCAUCACCAUCAACCUCACCAUAAUGGUUCUCAUGGACAUACGAGCAACUCGCAUUUUCAUCCUUAUCAAUCCUCUCAUGCUCAUCGCUCGUCCUCAUUUUUGGCGCUCUCUCCAACCAAUUCAUACAACUCAUCCACUGACUCGCUAGCAGCUUCAUUUGCGGAUGUGCCCCAACUCUUAACUGCCGAAGAUGGUAUACAAGGUGGAUUUACUGGGGAAAAAUUAGCUAAUGCAAAAACCAAUACUACAUUGAUGGAUGACAUAUAUACAACUAAAACAUACACUGAUUCACAUUCUAUCAAUGCUAAACGACUGUCUCAGAAUGCUCAACAGAUAAAGAAUCAUGCCCAACAAAUAAAACAUGAAAUGCAGGAUGAUAUGACCAAUGGUAACCUCACGAAUGAACAUUUGGAUUUGUCUAUAAUAGGUUCGAUACCAAAUACAAGUACCUUGCCUACUCAACAAAACGCUCCGCAGACUUUCCAAUACGAAGAUCAUUUAAUUGAGUCUUUAUUACAAAACGAUUUCUGA